CAGCGAGGGCGGCAGUUUGUUUUGGUGGAUGUAUGACACUUUCCUCCAUCAUUUCUUAAUCACUUCAAAGUGAAUCAACAUGAUUCACGAGCUUUUAUUGGCGUUGAGUGGAUAUCCGGGUACAAUUUUUACAUGCAACAAACGAACAGGUUUACAGGUGUCCCAGGACCUGCCCUUCCUUCACCCCAGUGAGACCAGUGUCCUCAACCGUCUCUGCAAACUGGGCUCGGAUUAUAUCCGGUUUACAGAGUUCAUAGAGCAACACACAGGCCAUGUACAUCCACAGGAACAUCACACGAACCAGCCCAGCCAGACUGGACUUCAUGGGAUUUACUUGCGGGCUUUCUGCACAGGGCUGGACUCCAUGCUGCAGCCCUACAGACAGGCCCUUCUGGACCUCGAACAGGAGUUCCUGGGAGAUCCACAUCUGACGAUCUCACAUGUGAAUUAUAAGCUGGAUCAGUUCCAGUUGCUGUUUCCCUCUGUGAUGGUGGUGGUAGAGACGAUAAAAUCCCAGAAGAUCCACGGCUGCCAGAUCCUGGAGACGGUUUACAAGCACAGCUGUGGUGGGCUUCCUCCUGUACGCAUGGCCUUAGAAAAGAUCUUGGCUGUUUGCCACGGUGUGAUGUACAAACAGCUGGCAGCUUGGAUGCUGCACGGUUUGCUGCUGGACCAAAGCGAGGAGUUUUUCGUGAAGCAGGGCCCCAGCGCAGGAGGAGCAGCUGCCAACCAGGAGGAGGAGGAGGAGGACCUGGGCCUGGGAGGCCUGAGUGGGAAACAGCUCCGAGAAUUACAGGACCUGAGGCUGAUCGAGGAGGAGAACAUGCUGGCUCCGUCCCUCCAGCAGUUCUCUUUGCGAACAGAGAUGCUGCCGUCUUACAUCCCCGUCCGAGUGGCAGAGAAGAUCCUGUUUGUGGGAGAAUCCGUCCAGAUGUUUGAGAACCACAACCACAGCCCGUCCAGAGCCGGCUCCAUCCUGAAACACCAGGAGGACCUGUUUGCUGCAGAGCUGCACAGACUCAAGCAGCAGCCUCUUUUCAGCCUGGUGGACUUUGAAAAUUUGAUCGAUCGAAUCCGGAGCACGGUGGCAGAGCACCUCUGGACGCUGAUGGUGGAGGAGUCGGAUCUGCUGGAGCAGCUCAAGAUCAUUAAGGACUUCUACCUGUUGGGUCGUGGGGAGCUCUACCAGGUUUUCAUCGACCUGGCGCAGCACAUGCUGAAGACGCCUCCCACAGCCGUCACCGAGCACGAUGUGAACGUGGCCUUUCAGCAGGCGGCUCACAAGGUUCUGCUGGACGAUGACAACCUCCUGCCUCUGCUGCACCUCACUGUGGACUACCAGGGAAAAGACGGCAAAGACCCUUCAGGCCCCAGAGACGGAGCCACGCCCCCACAGGACACCUCCCCCCGUGAGGCCCCGCCCACAGGCUGGGCGGCCCUCGGCCUCAUCUACAAGGUCCAGUGGCCUCUGCACAUCCUCUUCACGCCGGCCGUGCUGGAGAAGUACAACGUUGUGUUCAGGUACCUGCUGAGCGUGCGGCGCGUCCAGUCCCAGCUGCAGCACUGCUGGGCCCUGCAGAUGCAGAGGAAGCACCUGAAAUCCAGCCAGACGGACGCCGUCAAGUGGCGGCUACGCAACCACAUGGCCUUUCUGAUCGACAACCUGCAGUACUACUUACAGGUGGACGUCCUGGAGUCUCAGUUCUCUCAGCUGCUCCAACAGAUCAACUCCACCAGGGACUUUGAGAGCAUCCGUCUGGCCCACGACCACUUCCUCAGCAACCUGCUCGCCCAGUCCUUCAUCCUCCUGAAGCCGGUUUUCCACUGUCUCAACGAGAUCCUCGAGCUGUGUCACAACUUCUGCUCGCUGGUCAGUCAGAGCGUCACGUCGCUGGAUGAGAGAGGAAACGCUCAACUCGACAUCCUCGUCAAGGGAUUCAGACGUCAGUCGUCCCUGCUCUUCAAGAUCCUCUCCAGCGUGAGGAACCACCAGAUAAACUCUGACCUGGCUCAGCUGUUACUGCGGCUCGACUACAACAAGUACUACACCCAGGCUGGAGGAACCCUGGGCAGUGUUUAAGAAAAGGAGAUCGAGGAGGAAGAUUUUUCCACUGAACAGAAGAAACUCUAUUAUUAUCUUUAAAAAACACAUUUUCUCUCUUUAUUCUGGUUCUGGAUGAAGUUUAGUUUGUUGAGAUCAAGUCUCUGAAAAACUAAUUAAGUCAGGCAACUAUUUGUGUUCGUGUUCAGGGGUAGAUGAGACACUUGCCAUUUUAUUAGGUACGCUACUUUAGAAUAAAUGCAUCUUAAUGUCUGUGAAGUUUCUCAGUCACAUUAUAGUUUAUCCAAAACCUUAAUGGUCGCGUAGCAGCUUUUUCAGCUCUUAGAGACUCGUGGGGAGUUGAGGUUUAAAUGGGAAACUCUGGCAGGUAACAAGCAGAUCUUUCUGCAGUGGAAAAGCUGCUUGGACGAAACUCUACACGUCCGAUUAAGUCUCUGGAUGACUGAGAACUUCCUCAGACAUUUCAUUUCCACUCGUGUACGUGAUGAACUAGUGGGCGAGAUGAGAGACGGCCGAGGAUUUCUCUCUCCUCCUGAACUGCAGCUUCAUACGAGAACCAGACAACUCAUUUCAGAACUUCUCCUCUAACCGUGAAGUUGAUUUCCAAAAAACGGGUCCUCAAUUAAAAAGCCAUCCGGGACGCGUUACCACGGUAACCUGCUGCAGGUAACAAAAAAAUAAUAAAAUAAUAAUAAUAAUAAAAACAUAUUUCUAAAAACUGCUUCAGGAAACUUAAAAUUCAGCAGCUUCUGUGUGCAGAAAUAACUGCAGCAGGUUACCAUGGCAACGUGCCCCAGAAAACUCACAAAGUCUUUGGUUGAUUGGACAUUUUAUAUACAUUUAAUUUCCUUUAAAUACAUAUUAACAUGAAUCCAACAUAUUCUAGUAAAGGGAUGAGGUAUAGCUUAAUAUUUAAUGCAAAAUGAUGAUAGUGAUGUAUAUUUAUAAAUAACUAUUUAUGAAGCUGCAGGAGGAGGAGGAAAUCUCACUCGCCAGUUUAUUAGGGACACUAGAGGAAGCUUCCUAAUAUAAAACUAGAAGCAGAAACCUUGAUCAGUGCAAACACCACUAGAGUUUAAUGGGAAAAUGUGUUUUUUUUUUUUGCAGUUUAUUCGAGCCGUUCCUUCAACUAUAAAAGUCGUUUUGUAUAAAGUGUAAAUACGAGUUGCAUGUACUUGUUAUGUGUAAGAAAUAAACCUGAAACCUGUUAAAAUGAAA